AUGGAGGGUCUGCUUUGGAAGUGGACAAAUUACAUGAGUGGUUGGCAGCCACGGUGGUUUGUAUUGGAUAAUGGUGUGUUGUCAUAUUACAAAUCACAAGAGGAUGUAAUCAAUGGGUGUAAAGGCUCACUACAGAUGGCUGUCUGUGACAUAUCAGUACACAGUACUGAUCAUACUAGACUCGACCUGAUCAUUCCACAUGAACAGCAUUUCUACAUCAAAGCUUCAUCUCCACAUGAACGUCAAAGAUGGCUGGUUGCCAUGGGAACAUGUAAAGCAUCCUUGACGAAUGGCAGGCCAUCAGAGGAAAUGGGCGAGAUAUCUGCCGACAUUGUCCGGACAAAGAAGUCAGAGUUAAGACUGUACUGUGAUCUUCUGAUGCAGCAAGUUCACUCAGUGAAGAGUGCUGUCCAGGAAAGUCAACCAGAUGUCAAGAAGCUGGAUGAGGCAACAUCUCUCCUUGGUGCUACUUGUGAUACAUUCAUUCAGACUUUGGAUGAUUGCAUGAAAAUAGCCAACGCCAGCAUUGCUUACGAAACAUCGCCAAAACCAGUACGAGAUGUCCAACUUAUGUUACCUCAAAAACCCCUUAAAAAGGGGGAGAGAUUGUCUACAUCAGGACGACCCCUGUCAGCAGAGUCCAAAUCAAUGAAAACUUCUCCACUUCCCAGAGAUGGUUUGCCAUCUUUUCCGAAAAGUUCAAAUCGCAGACGAACUGCGUCAGAAAACUCUUAUUCUGAUCAAUCCUUAUCUGAUCAUUCAAGUGACGCAAACAGAGACAACACAGAAAAUGAUCAUAAAAAUUCAAGUGCAAGACUGACUGUCACCAUAGAAAACAAUUCCCUCAGCAAGCCAUUGACUUCUGGUUCUCCACAUUCUUUUGUACCAAAAACAAAUGUGAAUUCUGGACUGGAUUAUGAUUCAAAAAGGACAGAAAAUGGAAUUUCGUCUCUUGAGAAAUCCAGUUUGAAGUCACUGUCAUCUACAAGCAUAAAUAGUGAAGAAGAAUUUAAAGAUGCUAUAGAUGCAAAAGUUCCUACGUUUUUCUCCGCAAUGAAUCCUAGUUUUAUGGAUAUCAGAUUUGAAGAAGAUGCUGGUAUACCUGUUGAACCAUUCCUGGGAAGCUGUCGCUCUCUUGUGCCUAUAUUUGACAAGUUCAAUGCCACAACAUUUGCUCCUGUUAAAAUGGAUUUUCAGGGAAAUAUACGUAAAAUACAGCAAAAAUAUUCUACAAAGCCGGGUGAAUUCAGUACAUUACAGCGAAUUGUGCUGUUUGAGAUACAAAGUAAACAGCACCACAUAUCCAGCUCAGCCACUGUAGCAUUACUGUGGAUGAAAAGAGGCCUGGAGUUUAUUCGGGAGAUAUUUAAGGAGAUGCUUGAUGGACAGCCAGACCUGUCUUUAGCCGUCAACAAUGCCUACAGUCGGACGCUCAAACCAUUCCAUGGCUGGGUAGUACGAGGGGUUUUUGCUGUGGCCGUAAAGGCUUUACCUUAUAAGGAAGUCUUUAUCACACAGCUCAAUGCACCAGGUCACGUGGGUGAGGGAUCUCUCUUCAUCCAGUCUCUCAUGGCUGAUCUCGACAGCUAUUGCACUGCGCUGGACGAAGUGAUCAAGAUCCUCAAAGACUUCUACAAAUCCAAUUCUCUGGACAACGAUGAACAAAUAUGA